AUGGGUGCCCCAAUUCUUGAAACAAACAAUGCCAUUACUCCCGAGAUCUCUUUGAAAUCUACAAAUCCAGAUAUGACAUCUACUCUUUCUGACUGUGAUUCCUCCGAUGAAAAGUCUCUAAGCAGUAAAGCAAGCGACGAAAAUUUUAGGCCGACCCAUCACAACCUUCUUACUCCUCAGCUGAAGC